CUGUGACUGUCUCUCCCACCUUCUGCAGACUAGCGGAGCAAUACCAGGAGCAGAGCUGGGUGGCCAUGUCUGACCUUGAGAAGGAACUGCAGCAGAUGGAGGCUCAGUAUGAAGAGGAGUUCGGUGAUAGGGCUGACCGUUCGGAAGGUUCUGGUGCUCACGAUCUGAACGGGGAAGGUGACGAUCCUGUCAUUGAGACAGCUGAGGGUGACAGCGAUUAUUGUGAUGACCUAUACUGCCCGGCCUGUGAGAAAAUCUUCCAGAGCACAAAGGCCUUGAAGAACCACAAAAAGUCCAAAAAACACCGGGAGGUGGUGACAUUACUUCGGCAACAGCUGGAGGCAGAGGAAGAUCAUCUGUGUGCAUGGUCAGCAGAGGAUCAACUCGGAGAUCAGGAAUUGGGAGAGGAUCAGCUUGGAGAUAUGGAAAAUGGAGAGGAUCGACUUGGAGAUCAGGAAUUGGGAGAGGAUCCACUCAUACAGGAAGUUCGGAGGUAAUGUUUGAUACUCAGACAAACUUAUUAAGUAUGAAA